AUGAAGGGAUUGAUACUCGUGACGGUCCUGUGCCUGACGACGAGAGGACUGGCAGCUCCUGCCCCCGAUCCAGAGCCAGCGCCAGCCCCUGCCCCCGCUCCGGCACCUGCUCCUGCUCCAGCCCCUGCUCCGUCUGGCAUUGGGAUUGGCCUGGGACAUAGCUACGGACUCGGACUGGGACUGGGACUGGGUCUGGGCGUCGGCCACUACGGCGGCUACCAUGGCGGAUACCACGGAGGAUUGGGCCUGGACCUGGGAUACCACGCGCCCAUCAUCUCCAAGACGAUCAUCGGAAAGAGCUAUCUAGGGGGCUAUGGGGGCUACGGGCUGGGCCAUGGCUACGGCCUGGGUCUGGGACACGGCUACCUGGGGGGCUACGGACACGGACUCUACGGAGGACACGGCUUGGGUCUGGGUGUGGGUCUGGGUCUAGGCGGCUACGGCUACGGGCAUGGCUGGUAG